AUGUCUUCUACACCUUCUGAUGAAUCUGAUAUUAAAAAAGCGGCUGGAAACCUUGGAGCAUCAGAUCCUGUAACACCAAAGCUUAGAUCGAAUUCAAAUAGAUCAACUUCAUCCUUCGAUUCACCAAGAUCACCUUUAUUUUCUAAAGAAGAUCAAAUAGAAAUACAGCAAAAUCGUAGAAAACUGGAAAUGGAAAUCAUAACUCUUGAUCAUAAAUUAAAAUCACUUCAAACUGAAUUUCAAAAUUUAAAUUCAAAAUUAGUUUCGCAUGGAGAACUUACACAAUUAAAGGCUCAAACUAGGUUAAAGAUUUUCGAUGAUCAAAAUACUCAAGCGAAUCAACUUAUAGAUGAUUAUAUUGAAACUAUCCAAUCAGUACGAGCUGCUCAAGCAGCAAUAAUAGUCCUCGAACAAAAAAUUCAGGAAGAGUCAGAAAGACGUAAAAUAAUUAUUGAUGAAUCAAAUUCUGUUCUAAAUGCUUUAGAUUUUUCAGAUAUGAAGUUUACUUCUCCAAAACUUACAGAUGUUGAUGAUAAACUCGACAAAUCUGUAAAGAUUGAUAUGGAUAGACUAAGGAUAGACAUUCAAAAUACUCAAAAUUCAAUAUCAUCUUUAGAAAAUUCGCAUCAGUUUUUACCAAUACAAACAAGUGUAGCAAAUGAAAUGAAAAAGUCAUUUGAAUCUGAUAUUUCUCUUCGUUCAAUCGGUACAGCAGCAAUCAGAUCUGAAAUUCAAGCAAAUCAGAAGCUCAUAGCAACAAAUGACAGCGAAAUACGUAAAUUUGAAAUGGAAAUAAACGAAAUGAAAGCAAAUAUGGAUAGAAUUAAGAAAAAUAUCCAGACAGAAAAUAUUAGUCACGAAACCCAAUUAAAUAUUGCAACAACUUCAUUUAAACAGCAAAUGGCACAGUUAGAUACUGAUCUUGAAUUUUUGAAGACUAAACUAUCAGAUACUGCUUUAAUUUAUGAUAAAAUAGCAGAAGAAACAAAAAUGAUGGAGACUAAAUUCCAGAAUUUUUCUUCAGAAGAAAAUCCAGAAGAAGAUAUGGAUGAAACAGAAUCAGAAUAUCCAAUUGACUAUUCCACUAAUUAUAACUCAUUGCAAAGCAGUUCCCAGCCAGAUGACAAUACAGAGUUGAUUUUAACUGCAAGAAAGAAAGAAUUAGAGAAUGAAGUUUCAGAAUUAAGUUCGAAAUUCAAAGAAAUGAAGAAAGAUGCGCUGAAACGCGAAAACUUCCUGAAACAAACUAUUCUUAAACUCAAUAAUAGAUUUAAAGAAAAUAGAGAUAUUUUGAUUCAUUCUGGAUUUAAUUUUGCUAUUUCGCCUUCUAGUCCGUCUGGAUCUGGAAUAACGAAGAGCCUUGAUAACUUGAUUAUUAGAAUAGAUAAUUCUUUGUCAGAGCUAAACCUCAGCUCAAAAUAA